UCAUCGCGCUCUGUGGCGUAUUAAAAGCACUUCCGCUGUGUCCCACGCGAUAGACUCAUUGGUAGUUGCAUCAGGCAGAUUAAAAAGCAGCCGCUCUGUGUUUUCGACGACGUUUUAUAAUUAACUACAAAUCUAAGCAAGCAUAUCCAAGCGGCACUGAUCGCCGACAUCUUUCAUCUGUUAAAGUUACCUCAGUAAUAUCGCAUGUCCAAUAUACAGAACCUCCAGUCCUUCGAUCCCUUUGCUGAUGCAACUAAGGGUGACGACUUGCUCCCGGCUGGGACAGAGGAUAAAAUCCACAUAAGGAUUCAGCAACGGAACGGCCGCAAAACGCUGACCACGGUUCAAGGCAUUGCAGAUGAUUACGAUAAAAAGAAGCUUGUAAAAGCCUUUAAGAAGAAAUUUGCCUGCAAUGGAACGGUGAUCGAGCACCCGGAGUAUGGAGAGGUGAUUCAGUUGCAGGGUGACCAAAGGAAAAAUAUCUGUCAAUUUCUUCUGGAGAUCAACAUCGUAAAGGAGGAGCAGUUGAAGGUUCACGGGUUUUAAAAUGAUGGCCCAUCCAGGGCUUUCUAAAGGACUGCACCAGCAUGUAGCAAUCCUAGUACAUUCAUGGCAGGGUUUGUAGGACCAUAUGCUAACGACGCUGACAGCAGGGUGAAACACUUUGUUUUUUGCAGUCAUUUUAAGCUCGAAUUUUCAUAAUGACCUCAACCGGACCACUAAUUCCACGCUGGUCUGAAUUAUAUACUGAAUCUUUGUUGCUUGUGAACGUUUUAUGAUAGAUGCACUCAAUUGCACGAUAUCUUUUUAUCAAGGACAAUAAAGUUAUGUGACUUUGCAAA